CAAGAUGCAGUGUGAGAAAGAAACAUUUGGAGUUACAGGUGUGUAACUCCCGGCCGAUGAGAACAUCUGUGUGCCAUGGAGCCUGUGUGGAGGUGGAGUCAGACACAGAGGCCGAGGUAAACAGAGGCUUCAAACUGGGAUGCAUCUCUUGUAAGAGGAGGGGCGAGGUGCCUGCUGAGGCCACGGUGGAAUGGUACUUCAAGGCUUCUGAUGAGACCGAUUUCUCCAUUUUGUAUUACUAUGAAGAUAAUGAUAGGAAAGAAGUUUUUGAUCCACGUUUCUACGAGCGGCUGGGUUGGAGAGGCAGCAAUGGCACGAAAGAUCUACAGGACGGCUCCAUUUACAUCCACAACGUGACCUUCAAUGACACGGGAACCUACCACUGCACGUUCUAUCGCACUCUCAAGUACACCGGCUACGAGUUCAAUACCAACCACACCAAGUGUGUCAACUUGAAAGUGGUUCCACAACUAACAAGGGGACUGGCAUCCAUCUUGUCAGAGGUGAUGAUGUAUGUCUCCAUCAUCGGGCUGCAGCUCUGGCUCGUGGUCGAAAUGAUUUACUGCUACAGGAAGAUCGCAGCAGCAGGAGAGGAAGCUCUAAGAGAGAGCGCGGCCGACUAUUUAGCUAUAGCAUCUGAAAGUAAAGAUAAUUGUGCAGCUGUACAAGUGGAAGAAUAGCACAGGUCAAAGAAGAAUUCACUGAUGCUUCUUUGAGGAAUCAAACAUCCAUGUGUCAUGCCCUCUCCUCUCCUCUCGAAGUCAUUCACCGCCCACCAUCCUCUCCAAGCGACGGAAAAACAGGAUCGACAGAAACGAGAAACAUCUUCAUAAAAAUGUUUUAAGUGACUUCCUGUAAAAUGACAGAGCUGAAUCCUACACAGAGGGACUGAAGGAGUGCAUCAGGUUCUGGUCUCAUAGGAUGGCUGGGGAGAAUUUAAGUGUAAAUAGGUCUGCACAAAUAAUCUUUGAACAUACGUAGAGUAUAUUAUCUGCACUGUAUAUCCACUAUCUGCAUGCUUACAAGCUUUUCCAAACGACUGGCAUCAUGCUCUUGAUGAUCUGUCACAGCCAUACUUUUUUAAGACUUUUUAGUCCGUUUUUUUAUAUUUCAUUUGACGCCACGUGUUUAGAGUUGAGGUUUGAUAGAUACAGGUUUUAUAAAUCCAAUUUUUAACCAAAAACUGUGUUAUUGUUUCCUCUGUGGAUUCAGAGAGCUGAACUGUUGCUAACAAUUAAUCAAAAUCUUGGUGAAUUAAGAUUUGGAACUGAUUUAAUUAACUUCUUAACACGAGUUCAACUCAAUUGGCCAGAAUGUCUUUCUGUAAAGAUAUAACCACAGUACAGAGGAAACACUGUGAAAAUUUGUCUUUACAUUAAAUGUUUUAUUUUGACCAUUUUAAUGCCAAAAAACUACAAAAAAUGUAGUGAUGUUCUGCAGCACUUCAUGAAAUUCAGCCAAAAAUAUUUGGAUUUCAGAUACAACUCUAAAACCAUCAUAUCUGUAAUGGCUGCACAAAGGUUCACAGGCUGAAUUUAAGUAUUUCUGUA